GCCUCCGCCCCUGCCGUCCUCCUCCUCCCCGGCGCGGGUGGGAGCCGCUGACUCAUCUGCCAUCAUCAUCCUCCCCCCCGCACGAGGAAGGGCAAUUCGAGGGGCUGCAUUGCAGACCCAACCGAGCCGGCAGACAAAAGCGACGCUGCUCCGCCCGCGGCUCACCGGCACAAAGAGCCCGGCCGGCACCGAGCUCACGGCUCCAGGCACCGCCCGCCCUCCGCAGCCUGAAAAUGCUGGACACCAUCAGCAGCCAGUACGACUCCUUCAUCUACUGGAGGAUGCCGAUCCCACGGCUGGACAUGGCCGAGCUGGAGGGGCUGGGGCUCGCAGACAUGGCCCUCUACAAGCCCAAGGGAGGGCUGGCCAAGCUCGGGGACCAGGGCAGCCAGGACCUCUCCCAAGAAGAGGACAGUCUGCUGCAGUUCAACAGCUUUAACUUCUGGCGAGCUCCCAUUGCCAGCAUCAGCUCCUUAGAUUUCGAUUUAAUCUGAAGCCCUCCCUGCCCCUCCUCACCCCCCUGCUCUCUCUUUUUCCGCCAGCCAUGCCAGGAUUUGGUUUUGUUGUCAGUUUGGAGGCUGUUGGGUUGGGGUUUUUUUGUUGGUGGUUUGUUUUUUUUGCCAUUCCUCACUCACUCAGCGGUUCACCGCGGCCUCGAUGGUGAUGGGCUCCCUGAAAAUCUCCAACCCCUCUCCCUAUUUUCCUCCUGGAAUCACAACGGUGCCAGUAACAGCACUGGGGGCAAACAUGAGGGGAGGGGGCAGAAACAGCCCCCCUCAUUGCCCCUCUCUGUUCCCAGAGGGUUUGGGAGGUGCCACCCCCCCUGUGUCAGCGUGACCAUGGCUGUCCCCACCCUGUGUGACAAUUUCUCAGCUCAUUUCCCAUGUGCUUUUUUAAGAUACUUAUUAGUGCAAUGAAGAGCAAUGGGAAUCGCCCUCGUUUUGCAGAAAGCAUCGACCCUCUGUGCUCCCCAGGCCCAAUUUCUCAAAAUUCUGCUUCGUCCCUUAACCUUCCCCUCAGGGAUGCAAGGUGGAAGAGGCAGAGAUGUGCCCAAGAUAUCUUGAGAAAAAGAAUCACUUUGAGCCUUGUGGUGUGAGCCCAAGCAGAAAAAAAUAUGUCCAGGAGGGUAAAUAGACAUGGAAAUGUUCUGACCUUGCUUAGUGAGGUCAAGGCUGGGUGUUUAUUGCCCCAAAUUUGAUUUUUUCAUCCUUUUUUUAUGCCCCACGUGGUUUAUUCCCGGUGCAACUCCUGACUGGGACAGAUGCUGGGUACAUUGUGGGGUUUGGAAAGGUAAUGGGGCAGAGCUGAAAGAUGGAUCUUACCCCCAGAUGAAAAUAUUUCAGGUUUUCCACCCACUUAAUCAAACCCUUUAAAAGCAACAACAAACAACGCUGCAUUCAUUCAAGUAGAAGCCUUGAGUUUUCUCUGGGGAGAUUUUCACCUGCUGAGGUUUACUUCUGAGCAUCAGCUUAAAAUUGGGGUAAAAAAAACCCAACCUGGAAUAAUUUUUGGCUUUUAAACAGGGGUUUUUUUUGUUUGUUUGUUUGUUCUGGGUUUUUUUUUUUUGCUUUUUUUUUGGUUUUUUUUUUUUUUUCUUCCCCAGGAUUGUUUUCUGGGAUUGAUUUGUCUUCUUGAAUGUGCUUUUUUUGGAGUUUGAUUGGGAUUAAGUGAUGUGAAGCAUCCCAAAAUCAUCCUGAGAGUUGCGGGGGUACAUGGCUGAGGCAGCACUUAAAAAGUGCCAGAAAUAGGCAAAAAAUUGGAAAAAUCUGCAUUCUACUAUGAAAAUUGGAUGCAGCUCUCCUGUAAUCGGCAGAAAUAAUCAAGUGUGCUUAUUUUGAACCAUCUGUGUAAAACCAGAGACGAAAAAUGUAAACUCUCCUCUGCAGAGCUGCUUGACUUCUUGUGUUCCCAGCUAGGAAAACCUGCCAGAGUAGUAUUUAUUAUGAAACUUUAAAUAAAAUCCGUUCAAAACAUA